AUGUGGGACACCAAAUCUCGCUUUACAGGCCAGACAUCAGCAUGGUGUGGUAUGGCAUCUGUAUCAGGAUCAGGAUUUCUGUCCAAAGUCAGCACAAGCAGUGCUGGUGGCUCCAGGCAAAAUGACCCAGGUCUAAGGAGGUGGCAAUCAUUGUCCCAUCUGGGGCCUGAGAGUCCCACACGAUCAUUAGGGGCUGAGUUAAGGGCUGCCCGGGAUGGAAGUAGCUUCAGACAAACAGAAGUAGUGCACAGGCUGCAGGAGGCUCACCAGCGACUUGAGUCUAAACUGGACUGGCUGAAGACCAGAGACAUGCUGAGCUACAACACAGCUAUUGCACAGCUGCCUGGCAGGCAGCUACCACAAAUGAUGAAGGGCCUCGAGGAUGAGAAGAAGGCUGCUGUACCAGCUGAAAAUGAAAAAAGCAGACAGUGCAGAGAACUCUGUGAAAAGGUCUUAAAUCUGGAAAAGGAUUUGUUACAAAUGAGGUCUGCUCUGGACAGAGGAAGCAUCGAUCAAUCAACUGAGAGAGCUCCGUGCUCGCUCAACAGAACAUUACCAGUGAGUCAAGAGAAGCAGAAAGGUGACACAGAGAUGCUGGAGUUGAGAGAGGCUCUGAAAGAGGCUGAGACUAAGGCAAAGACACUAGAAGAAGAGCGUAACAAGGCACUCCAACAGCUUCGAGCGUCUAUUGAGAUGCAGAGGACGCUGUUGAGUCAAAUAGAAGAGACGGACAAGAAGCUCAGUCACACUGCACAGGAUCAUUCUGAACUGCAGAAAGAGCUGAGCGAAGCCAACAACAAGAUCAGCCAAGCAUGCCUGGAAAAGGCCAUCUUAUCAACUCAAGUGUUGAAGUUGGAGGACAAUAUAAAAGAAAUAAAGUCCAAACUGACUGAGGCGUUACAGGAGAAGACAAAUCUUCUCCACAGGGUUCAAGUCCUGGAGAUGCAGACUCACAACAAACAGCAGCAGAAAGAUGUUGUGGUGAAGGAAGACUCACAGGCUCUCAGAGAGGAAAAUGAAAAAAUAAGAGGAGAGCUUGAAAUGAUCAAGAAGAGGCUGGAGAUAUCACACCACGAGCUACAGGAGCUGACAGAUGAGAAAAUCAUAAACACCAAACAGGUCACCGAUCUGGAGGUGCGGUGCUCUCAGCUGAUCAGAGAAAAAGAGGAACUGCAGAGUGAAAUUAAAGGCAGACUAGAAGAAAUGCAGGAAAAGUGCUGUGAGCACAGGGAAUCUGUGGAAGUCUUGGAAUUAGAAAACCAGAAACUGAGGAAUCAGUGUCUGCGUUUGGAGGAUGAGGUGUUUGAGAAGGAGAAGCGGGAGGAAGAGUAUCGCAAACAAGAUGUGGUAAAGGUCCAGACCAUCGAGGAACUGAAGGCUGUGGCCUCACAUUGGACAGAGAAAUGGCAAAAGGUGGCUUUGACCCUGCAGUCUACACAAGAGGAGUUAGAGGAGUUAAAGAAGAACUCAAGAAAUAAAGGAGGAUGUGACUCGCUGCUCAGGGAUGAGCUUGAAAAGCCGGAGCUGGAAAGGAGCAGGAGCCAGGCAUGUCUUCACAGAGAUAAGGACAAAGGUAAAGGUGAAGGGCGCCAGAUUCCAGACAAAGGGACAGAGACAUGCUUAUCAGAAUCCUCUUUGUUAUGGGACUCUGAGAGCCACCCAAACAAAUCCCUUCAGGUCAGCAUCCAAAGCAGUGAGGUUCAAAGACUGAAGCAAAAACUUGCAGACAAAGAGAAUGAACUGAGUGAAAAAGAACAUGCUUUAAAGACUCUAGAAAGGCUGAGAGAGAUGGAAAAAAAUGAGGCUAAAAUCAAGAUUUCUGCCCUGGAGCUCAAGCUCAUGAAAAAGGUUCCUGAAGAUGGCCAAGAUCAGGGAAGCCUUCUAACAGACAUCUUCAUUUGUGACUCAGAGGAGAUUCCAGGGAAGGUGAACCAAAUCCUCCCAAGCUCGAAGCUUCAAACCCAGAGGCAGUUUUAUGAGGUUGAAGAUGGGAAACCUUCUGUCCAAGGCCAAAGGGGCAAAACGGUCUGUCCGCUUAAUGUAGACACAGAGCAGCAAAGGAGACUGGUCACUGAGCAGUUAAAGAGUUUAUUUAAAGAACGAGAGGGAAAGGAGGCCCAGCAGGGUGACAGCAAUGGAGCCUCUUCACCUCAAGACUGGACACCCACAGUUAAACAUGUUAGGGCUGCAGUGGACAGGAGAAACUGGCAACAAGCCUCGGGUUUGAUGCCAGUGUUUGAGGAGGAUGAAGAGGAGAUUAACGGCUGUCCAGCAGAGGAGGAGGAGGAGGGAGAGGCAGGAGAGGAGACCCAUGAUGAAAACCUCCUUGAUCAGAAACAUGAGGUGGUGGAGGACCUGAAACAGCAGCAGUGCUGGGGGCAGCUCCACUGGGAUGCCAUAGAUGGAAAUUUUUGA